AGGAUGCGAAGCGAACCGUGCGGCAGGCGGGCCCACUAGUCAGCGUUAGCGUUCCUCCCGUGUCCGCCUUCCCGAGCUGCACUGCGCCGCCUCGCCCUCUCCACCUCCUCCGGCGAGAAUCGCUCACCUCCGGCGAGGUCCCUCGGUUCCGGGUGUGCGGGGAAGUGUGCCGGCAAGCUCCCAGCCUCCCCUCCACCCCUUCCUGCGAGCUCUCCUGUCCAGAAGCGGAGUGGAAUGGGCCUGUGGACAUUGCUGGAGGGUUUUUUGCUUCUCGCAAAUGCGUUGGCAAUACUGAACGAAGAUCGUUUUCUUGCUCCCAGAGGAUGGAGCAUGUCUGAAGUGUCAGGAAAUGGGCAAACAAAGUCAUUGAAGGGCCAGAUCGUGGGGCUUAUCUACGCCACGCAAUUUCUGAGGGUGCCCUUGAUAGCCCUUAAUGUUCUUAUCAUUGUUGUGAAGUUGGUGUCAGGCUGAGCCUCGCUUUCUGGUUUUGUCUGUUGGUUGGAUCGAUAUCAGUAGCAUUAUGUAAAAGUUAAUUAUACACAAAGUUGCUGGAGACAUGUUCAUGUUGCCUCCAAUGUGUAUUUCUGUUAUUGUUCUGGUAAGGUAAUUCUUGUCCGAAAAUGGUUUUGUCAAUAUUUAUACUGUCAAAGUGUGUGUUGUGUGCCAGUGCGAUGAAUUUGUUUGAAA